CUAAUCAACUAAAUAGUUUGAAUAAUAAGCUUGUCUCCCAAAUUACUUGCAAACGAAAGUCUCAUGCCGAUCUUAAUGCUAAGCAGUUAAAAGAAAUAGAAUCGCUAAAGUUUACGGUUAAAUCACUGGAAAGCAUAAUAUCUUCAAUGCAAAAAGCUUCAUCUUUGAAGGAUUCUGAUAUCAUCUCUCUUGGAAUUAAAAUAAAUAAACUGGAGGCUGACAAUUCCUCUCUUGAGAUUAAAGCAAAGGAAUUGGAAAAUGAACUGGAGAAAGUUACGGUAAGUAAUCUGGAAGAUGAACUAGAUCAGAUUGUUUCGCAACCGCAUCAGACAAUUCAUGAUUCAAAAAUAGGUAGUGCAGAAGCGAACUCAGCCUCAUCAUCCAAUGAUUAUAAGCAUGAUGAAGUAGUAGAAGAGAUACCUCAUUUUUCUUCACACUACUCAGAGCGCGAACCUGAUGAAAAAGGAGAUUAUGAUAGUAUUCCAGCCGUACCUGUUAUUGCGUUAGGAGGUAGCAAUACUUUAGUUAAUGAUCA